GAAUCGUUAACCGAGGUUCUCAGGCUGAGGCAAAAGAUGACAGAGUUAGAUACAUUACAAUGUGAUCGAGCGGGACACAGGCCAGGGCAUUUGGGACCCGCCUGUGAACAUGCACGACACACUACUGGUCACUGACUUGCCGACCUACAAAAUCGUGCGCCCAGAAGCUUGUUAUUAAGCUAGCCCUGCAUUAAAAGCUUACUCCAUACAUUGCACCCUCUCUGCUGCAAGAUGAACACCACCAGCUUCUUUAAGGGCCCAGCCGUGAAAGCCGCGUGCAUCGCUAUCCUGGCGGGCACCGCCACGUUCGUGCUCGCUCGGCGAGGAGGCUUGCUACGGAUCCUUCGCCGCAAAAGCGACUGUAAACCCAAGGACAAGUCAUGCAGCGCGAAAAGCGGUAUCGCGACUGUUUCAUCUUCGCCCAACGACGCGGCCGCGGUGCCUUUGCGCGAUGACCUGCAGCCGACGAAGGCCGCCGAUGAGGCCGCUGACGCCACCUCCAGCAGCGGCGGUGCCAGCAGCCCUAGCGGCGAGCUCGCUCUGGCCGCCGUCAACGACAAGUCCAGCUCGGGCCCCUCCGACGCCUCCACGGGCGGCUGCGCCUCCUCCGCCAGCUCUGGCAACACGGCGGCCGGCAGCCUCAGCGGCACGGGCCUCUCCGCCUUCCGUGGGGACAACGCCGCGUGCAGCGCCACCACCGCUGACACCAUCGCCACUGCUUUCCCCAACAAUGCCAAGGAGGCACAGGAGGUCAAGGCCUUCAUCAAGCAAAACGGUCUUACGCUCUGCAUCCCCCAGCGCGAGCUGGGCAAGGGCGCAUUCGGCCAUGUGGAAAUGGUGAUCAUCACCCUGCCUGACGGCACCACCGUCAAGGCCGCACGCAAGACCCUGCACGCGUGUGAGACCAAGGGCGCUGUGGCUGCACUACGCCGCAUACUGAACCAGGAGCUGGCAGGGCUGGCUGCUGCCGCGGGCUGCGAGCACGCGGUGCAGUGCCUGGGCUACCGGCUGCCGACUGAUGACGACAAGCGGGCGGAGCUGCUGCUGAGCUGUGCGGAGGGCGGCUCCGUAGAGAACCUGCUGAAUGCGCUGGCCAAGGAGCACUUUGAUCGCAUUGACAACGCGCCCGAGCGCCGGCGCACCGGCAAGAACAAGGACAAGUAUGAGAUGCUGCCGUACCCCGGCAACACGCUCAUGGAUGAGGCUGACCUGAAGGGCAUGCUGCGUGCCAUGGCGCCCUUCAUCAAGCACCUGAACGCUCGCGGCUACAUGCACUUCGACCUGAAGCCCGCCAACCUGCUAUACGACAUCGCGCCUGAUGGCAGCAAGGUCUUCCGCGUGUGCGACUUCAACCUGGCAGUCAAGACCGACAGCAAUGGCCGCGUCGCGCGCGCCCAGGGCGGCACCCGCGGCUUCUGGGCGUGGGAGACGUACUGCCAGCUGGAGGGCCUGGAGGUGAAGCACCCCAUCACCCGGGCCGCUGACGUGGCCUCCAUGGGGCUGGUGCUGGCGGACGCCGCCGGGCUGCACUGCCUGGGGGGCGGGACCCAGGCCUACCUGGAGUACCUGCGCGACCUGCCCCGCCGCACGCCGCCCGCGCUCAAGGAACUGAUCGAGUGGAUGGUGGCGGAGGACCCCGCCGCACGCCCCACUCCGGACCAGAUCCUGGCGCACCGGUGGCUGACGGAGUAGUGACGUGGCUAUUGCGAAGGUGACGGGUUGCAAGUAGCUGUGAUGAGACGGGGGGCAAGGGCGCGGGGGCACGCACGGCAUCAGCGGUUCCCCCUGCACGGCAUGGUUGCAUGGCAAAGCUUGCAGGCCGUGGUGCGUCGCUAGGGCGAUUGGGGUUGCAUUGAGAACAGUGGCUCAAUUGGGGACGCCAUGCACCCACAGCAGCUGCAGGGGUAUUGCACUUGACAGGACGGUUGGGCUUUCAGCUUUUAUCUUGUGCUGUGCCAGUCUGUAUGGAUCCACCGGUUUUGUUUUGCAUACGGCUCGUGCCAGCUCGUGCUGUCGUGCCUGGCCACAACCACAGUGACUUCUGCAUGUUGGUUGCCACAAACGUGUACAUGUGUGUCUGGGAUCGUGCGUCCUUAUACAUGGCUCACGUAGCCUGAAUGGUAAUAAGACUUGAUGACUAGCUGAGACUGCUUAGAUUGCAUUGGUAACAAGAGGGACGCAGUUCACGCGCCAGUGACUGCUUAGGAUUUCAGUACGUAGGGUUGUGAAAGCGUUUUCCUUGUAAGGGGCCCGUAGGCCGGCAAUCAUGCAGGACCGCCAGUGAGGCGAGGUAGCGUAGUUGGCCAUCGACGGCGAUGCUGGACUGCGUGCCCGAUGAGCUGCUAGUGCUGGCGGGGGCUGGGGGCAUAUGAAAUGUUGCGCACGAGCAGAACAUUCCGGUGUAGCAGCACCGGAAUGUC